AAAAUGUUGUACGGUAUUGGCACCUCACCUUCAUACGGCACAACCUCCUCACAAUAUCAAGUCAGUUUUGACUCGAUGAGUGAGAAGUUUAAUGAAAACUUCCCGAUCAUUUUGCAACAACGUAUUCAUCCGCAAAAUUUCUCUGAAACGAUGAAUCAUUGUUCAAAGAUUAUGAAGGAACAAAUGGCAAAUAUUCAAACCUCUAGAUGGAUGGGAUUGUUGGUCUUUUUUGUUGUUUUCUUCUGUACUCUUGCAUUGACUGGUAUUCCAUUGUUGGUUUAUUUCUUGGCCUAUGCUAAUAAUGAUAAUAGUGAUCCGACUGGUGGUAUUUGGGUAUGGAUUCUCUUCCCACUCUUGUAUGUCUUUUUUAUUAUUGUCCUCAUUAUGUGGUCAGUUAGAAGAAGACGUCAAAUCAUCAAUUCACAUGCUCAAUGUAAAACUGCUCUUACUAAUUAUUUGGAACAUGAAAAUCAAACAAUUUAUAAUAGAGCUGGAGUUCAAUUAGUAUUGAGAUAUGAUACCAGAAUUAUUAUGACAAAUCGUUAUACUAUUGCUUUGACUUACAAGUAUUUGAUGGUAUUGCCUUGUAUUGAUGUUUAUAUUGCUGGAAACACACCUGUUGUUGUUAAUCAAAUUCAACCUGUUAUCCAACAACCUAUUGUCCAACAACCAAUUAUCACUCAACCAGUUACUUAUGAUCCAAAUGCUUAUGGUGGUUAUCAACAAGCUACUACUGUUUACUCUCAACCAACUCAUCAAUAUGAAAAGGUUGACAAUCCUAACCAACCAUUAUUGUAAAUUAUUAAUAAUACAUUUUUAUUAUUGAUUU